CGAGUUGCCGGACUUUUUUAUUGUUUUGUAAACAAAGUGGCCGGAAAACGACGUUCGACUAUUUGACCCCAAAACCCAGCGCCAUGUCCGGUUCCGAAGACGACGAUUGGUUUAAUCAGGAUGAGGACGAGCUUGUCCAGGGUUUGGAGCACAAGGUGAAGCAGCAGGAGUUGAAGGAGAAUGAGGAGCACAUAGAAUAUCAUGCGCCCGAAGGUGGAAUGUCAUGCGCUUUUAACUUUGCACUUAUUGGCGCUAAUGCACUUUGUCCAUUUUCAGUGGGGGACUACCUGCAACAGCUGAACCUGGAGGCCAGUGCUACGGAUGGGGGCAGCAAAGUCGCCGCCGAUCGCUUCGCCCUGACCGACUUCACUAAGGGCCUGAAGAUGUCGCCCAUCGAUAUGUUCCUCUACUUCUUCUCCGAAGAUCGAGACUUGUUUGUCAAUCAACUGGCGGCCAAUGAUAGCUUGAAACGUGUCUCCCUCUUUGUGGAGGUUUUGAAGUCGCUUUGUCAACUGGAAUUGUGCGGCUUUGAUGACGUGCUCCUAUCCUGUUUCGCCCGGCAGUCGGUGCUACUGGAGAAGGUCAAGCGCCUGUUGCUGACCCUCCUGGCAAAGGCUUCUGGUGGGAAAUGCGAUGCGGAAUCGGAACAGAUGUUGUUGGGGAACAUGAAGUGGCUACUCUUGAGAGCCCAUAGGCAAGGAGUUCUUGGCCACGGAGGUUACGAGCUGGUGGAGCUCUACAAGCAGCUGGCACCUCUCUCGAAAAGCGAAGCGUUUGGUGGCCUUGAACCCUUUGACGGCACUCAAUCCGCAAAAGGAGUGAAGGGUGAGAUCUACCCAACGCUGGACCAGUGCCUGGGGAAAGAAGUAACCAAAGAAAAUCCUCCUGUGUCCAACAAUGUGGAGGAAUAUGUAAGAAAGCAGCGGCAGUUACUGCGCCAAGACUUUCAAGCUCCCUUACUGGAGUUUGUGCAGCGGCUUCGAUCUGGAGAUGAUAUAAAGGCGUUGGAGUGUCAAGGUCUUCUGUGGCCCGGAACGACCUUAGUCUUAAAUCCCGAGUUUGCAGAGUCACAGCGCCACAGCCUGGUCUUUAUGAAACUGGAAUCUCCUGAGGACAACAAGAAAAUAUUGAUAAACUACAUAAAAAAUAUCAAAUCUGGCGCCCUGCUUUGCCUUACGACGAGCCUGGACUUUGGGGAUCUCAUCCUGGUCAGCGUGGGCUACACAGACACACAUAGACUCCAAAAAGGAUGUCUAAGUGUCGAGAUUGUCAGGCAGCACAACAUAGGCAAAAUCUAUGAUCGACCCCUGAUUAUGUUCCAGACGCCAGUGUUUUUUGAGCCGUACUUAAGGGUCCACAAUUACCUGAGCACCUGCAGCACAGAGCAAUUCGCAAUGCGUCGUUAUAUUGUCGAGGGAGAGACGGAGAUACAACCGCCGGCCUACAUUAAGCCUGGAACUAAGCUUUCCUUUAAUGCGAAACCCUUUACCCUUAAAAGCUUGCCCAAGGAUCUGCCCUUCAAUGACAGACAGCAGACAGCAUUUACUGAUGCCCUGCAGAGGGAGUUCUGUAUUAUACAAGGACCUCCAGGCACGGGCAAGACGCACCUUUCUGUCGAGCUGGUCAAUUGUCUGAUACAGAACGCAAAGGCCUUGGGCACCGGCCCCAUCAUUGUACUCACCUACACCAACGACUCGCUGGACAAAUUCUUGGUUAAGAUAUCGCGAUACACCAAGGAGGUCCUGCGCUUUGGCAGUCAGUCGAGGGAUCCGCAAAUAGCCAAGUUUAACGUUCGUUCCAUGGUCAACCCGGAGUUGGUGCCACCACGCCUCAAGCGAAUUUGGUGGGUAGUGAAUUGCGAGUACAAGGAUAAGUUCCAGCGGCUGCAGGAUCUGUACACCAACUUCGAUGGCAGCGAAGAGAGCUACCAGGAGACACUGGUGGCUCAGCACGAGCUGCAACAGGUGGCCGAGCGGAUCGAGACAUUGCGCACUGUGUUCCAAUACUAUUUGGCCAGGAAUAAGGAUUUGCUGGUCAUGACCACCACGUGCGCUGCUCGCCUUAACUUCUUAUUCCGACUGCUGCAGGCCAAGUGCGUGGUCUUUGAAGAGGCGGCUGAAAUCCAGGAGGCUCAUAUCCUGGCCUGCCUCACGCCGCACACGGAGCACGUGAUCCUAGUCGGCGAUCACAAGCAGCUGCAACCCUUCAGCGGCAGCAAUCAGGUGCCUCAGGUCUCCCUCUUCGAGCGCCUCAUUGUGGGCGGGUUGCCCUUUACUCUGCUCAAUACGCAGUACCGGAUGCGGCCGUGCAUCGCUGAGCUUCUGGUGCCGAGCAUUUAUGACACUCUUCUCAGCUCGGACUCUGUAAAAGCCUACGAAGAUGUCCGUCACAUGGAGCAGAACUUCUUCUUUGUACAACACAGCCAACCGGAGAAGCAAUCAACAGACAUGUCCUUUGAAAACCUGUACGAAGCUGAGCAGAUGGCCAAGCUGGCGGUGUUUCUUGUGGAAAAGUCCAGAUACCAGCUCAGCGAUAUUGUGAUUCUAACACCUUACAAUGCACAAGUGGAGUGCAUUAUGAAGAAGCUUCCCAAAAAAUAUCGCACGAGUGUCCAAGUAGCCAGCGUUGACAGUUUUCAGGGUCUGGAGGCCAAUAUUGUGCUGCUCUCUCUGGUGCGCAGCAAUUCAUCCGGUCAAAUCGGGUUCCUGCGCCAACCCAAUCGCGUGUGUGUGGCUCUUUCCCGAGCUCGCUGGGGUCUAUAUAUCAUUGGAAAUCUGGAGAUGCUGCAGCAAAGCGGCCAAAAGCUUUGGAAAACAAUUGCCAAUCAUUUGGAGGAGAAUGCGGCAAUUGGCGAUGCCUUUCCCACAGCAUCCAGUGUCUAAGUUGCAAAGAAAAAAAAUAUAAAACGUUUGUACAUUUGA